GUCAGCAACCAUCUACAGACAGAAUUGUUAUUAUUGAUAUUAAUUGAGAAACCAGAAGAAGAACAUGAGGGUUAAGAUCGAGUUUUGUUUGUUGUUGUUGUGUUUGUUUGUGUUGAAUGAAAUCGUUUCAGGAGGAAAAGUAUCGCCACCCCGUACAAGAAGAACCAAAUCAUCUGACGGAAACGGCCGCCCAGUCCGCACCUUGACUGCGAAUGAGAGCUCCAGCGGCACCUUCAAUGUGAUAAGCUAUGGCGCCAAAGGAGACGGAAAACAUGACGAUAGUCAGGCAUUCGCAGAAGCAUGGAAGGCAGCCUGCGGAGCCUCAGGUACGGUGACGCUUGAGAUCCCCAAAGCGACGUACCUGGUCGGUCCUGUUAAGUUUUCGGGGCCCUGCACUAAUGUAAAAUCCAUCACCGUCGACAUGAAGGGUUAUUUGAAGGCCACAACGGACCUGAAAAUGUAUGGAAAAACGGAUGAUUGGAUAGAAUUUGGAUGGGUGGAUGGGUUAACUUUGACGGGAGAUGGGACUUUUGAUGGCCAAGGAGCUGAAUCGUGGUCCUUCAAUAAAUGCCCCGUCACCAAAAAUUGCCAAGUUCUUCCUACGAAUGUGAAAUUUGUUGCGAUGACGAACACGGUUGUGAGAGGCAUAACGUCAUUGAAUAGCAAGUUCUUCCACAUGGGAUUGAUUGAUUGCAAGAACUUCGUGGGGAGUGAGAUCAGGAUCUCGGCCCCAGAAAACAGUCCCAACACUGAUGGGAUUCACAUUGAGCGUUGCACCGGUGUCGAAAUAUAUCAUUCAUCCAUCGGAACCGGAGACGAUUGCAUCUCCAUCGGACAUGGCAAUUCUCAAGUCACUAUCAGUGGUGUGACUUGCGGCCCUGGUCAUGGCAUCAGUAUUGGAAGCUUGGGAAGAUACCAGAACGAAGGAGACGUAACAGGAGUUACAGUGAGAGACUGCACCAUCAGCGGCACAACGAAUGGCGUCAGAAUCAAGACAUGGGAAAAUUCACCCAGUUCAACCGUUGCCUCCAACAUGACGUUCCAAGACAUUGUGGUUAAUAAUGUGGCCAACCCCAUCAUAAUCGAUCAGACAUAUUGUCCCUAUGUUUCUUGUUCUUCCACGGCACCAUCUCGGGUGAAGCUGCAGGACUUGCAUUUCAAGAACAUCAGAGGAACGUCGUCGUCUCCUGUGGCAGUGAUGCUGGAAUGCAGCAAAGGAGUACCGUGCCAGAAUGUGAACCUUCACGACGUUCACAUAGAGCUCAUGACGGGUGGAACCGCCAAAUCCAGCUGCCAAAACAUCAAAGCAACAUACAGUGGCACCCAGAUUCCUGCGCCAUGCCCUGUUUAGGCUUCUUCUUCAAUUCACAUGCACACUGCACUAGUUGCUACUUUUAACCAAUAAACUUUGGUAACCAGUGUCUGUGUGUUCUUACUUCCCAUUCACAUUUUGGGUUGGCCCGACGGAUAGUCUUGUAGUAACUUUAGCCUUACCAUUGACAUUUAAGGAUUAAUUUAGUAUUGAGCUGCCUCCUUUUU